AUGAUCAACAACAAGUAUACUUCUUUGGCGUCAGAAGAUAAAGCUAGCAUACCGCUAGAGAAAUUCUACUUCGCUCUAGAACUCAGUCUUCAAGCCACGAUUCGACAACACUCUGCCUUACUAUACGGCAUAUCGGAGAAGACAGAAGCUAGUAUUGCGUUAUUUAAACAACUUGAUCAGAUCGAUCGACAGGACAUCUUGAGAACUUUUCACAGCAGUAACUGUAUCUCAAUCGAUGACGAGGCAGAAUCAGAUACGCUACUAUCUCGGCUACUUGAGGACAUCCACGAGGAGGACUGGCUCGUCAACAAACCAGCAUGGCAGGUCAUUGUGUUGGACCACUUCCCAGGAAACUGGGACGUCCUCAGUACUUCCCCUAGGAGGAUUGAUAUUGCAUUCUUUGCACACCACAGUAUUGCUGAUGGGCUAAGUGGAAUUGCAUUCCAUACGUCUCUAGGAGAAAAAUUCGAGAGGCUUUCAGCAUCACUCACCAAGCCUACAUGGCCAAUGACUUUCAAUGAACCUGUAGCCGCUCCGGUCACUCUUGAGGAAUGCAUCGACUGCUUUUCAUGCAGCUGCACUAUUUGCACUUCUGGCGCUAAUGAUCGCAAAGCUUGGGUAGGAGCACAACAAACGACCGAUGCCACAUUCAGAUCCAUGGUUCGAAUAGUGAAUAUCCCAGCUGAACAUCUCGUUGCUACACUUCAAAAAUGCAAGAAAGCAGGAGUUACGCUUACUGGAUACCUGCAUGCGGUGAUAUGCACUUCUCUCUGGCAUUGUAUUCCAGACGAUAUCCCUGGAAUUCGUUCUAUAACGCCUUUCUCAGCACGAAAUCACACAAAGACCUCAGCAAGGGACAUUGUCAAUCACAUCUCGUACUUGACAAGCUACACAUCUCGUGAAGAGCUAGAAAUGCUGCAGGAGUUUGAGCUUGGAUCUGAAGAAGAGGCGGGGUACAUAAUGGAACUGGCAAAGUCAUUCAGUAAUGAUGUAGCCACCAAGGUCGGAGAGUUUCCUCACGGAUGUAUGGCUACAAACCUGAACCGCAUUCCGGAUUUACUAUCGCAGUAUCAGAACCAAGGUCCUGCGGAUAGGAGAAUCUCAUAUGAAUUAUCCAAUCUUGGCUUGGUAUCCGAUGUCACUCCACCAAAAAGUGGCGGUCUAAAGCUGGAAAAGGUUGUCUUUUCACAAUGUGCGAGUAGUGUCACCCCAACGAUAGGGUUCAACUGUGUCAGCAAGAAAGGUGGAUCGUUUGUUAUGAGCGUUACGUGGGCGGAGGGUGUCAUUGAAGAAUCGUUGGUUGAUCAGGUUACGCGAGAGUUGCAGGGUCGAUUUGGACCUGCUGAUGAUAAAAAAUGA